ACAGUCAGAGUCGACGCGGCAGCAGAGCUCAGCGCUCAGCUCUGGAUGUUUGGUGAGAGGGAGGCUCACAGAGACACGGACACAGAGGACCGGAGCGGACUGCCGGUGGAUGUGUGAGUCUGUGCCCGGGCUGCGGUGGAUCUGUGCCGGCCCCGCUGUGAAUGGGAUUACGCCGGUUGUUCCGCGUAUCCCGGAGGAACCAUGCGGCCGCAGAGCUUCUCGGUCCCCUCGGUGCUGCUCCCGCUGCUGCCGCCGCUGCUGCUGCUGCUCGGGCUCUGCAGCGGCACAAGUUUCCCAAGUAACAUCAACAUAGGAGGCCUUUUCCCCACCGGCUCCCAUGAGUACGAGGUGUUUCGCUUCGCCCUGGCGCAGCACCAGGACGUCCCCAAACUGGUGCCACAGGUCGACAUGGUGGACACGGGGAGCAGCUUCGCCAUGACCUACGCCUUCUGCUCCCAGUUCUCCAAAGGCGUGUACGCCAUCAUGGGUCUGUACGACCGGCGGACGGUCAACAUGCUGAUGUCUUUCUGUGGCUCUCUGCACGUCUGCUUCGUCACGCCGUCCUUCCCCGUUCACACCAACAACCAGUUUGUCCUGCAGCUGCGGCCCCAGCUGCAGGAGCCCCUCAUGGCCCUGCUGGAGCACUUCUGCUGGACCAGGUUCGUCUACAUGUACAGCUCCGACUCAGGUCUGACGGUGCUGCAAAGGAUCUUGGACACGGCGGCGGAGCGCAGCUGGCAGGUCACCUCCGUUAACUUGGACACUCUGACAGAAGCCGGCUUCAUCAAGCUGCUCGCCGACCUCGACUACAAGAAGGACUUUCAGAUCAUCAUCGACUGCGAGCUCGAACGACUCAACUCCAUCCUCAACCUGAUUGCUGCUCAGAGGAGGAACUUGAAGAACUACCAUUACAUCCUGGCCAAUCUGGGCUUCAUGGACCUGAACAUGACAGAGUUCCAGAAGCUCGGUCCAAACGUGACGGGCUUCCAGCUUGUGAACCGGUCCGAUCCAGCUGUGGAGAAGAUCAACCAGGACUGGCUGGACUUCGACAGCAAAGACCUCAAACUGGCCCGCAGGAGUCUCAGGUACACAGGAGCUCUGACGUACGACGGCGUCAGCGUCAUGGCGACGGCCUUCCAGAACCUGCGGCGGCAGCGGAUCGACAUCUCUCGCCGUGGCAAUGCAGGGGAGUGUCUGGCGAACCCUCCGGCUCCCUGGGGACAGGGCAUCGACAUACAGAGAGCUCUGCAACAGGUGCGUCUGGAGGGGCUGACGGGUCGCGUCCAGUUUGACGAGCGAGGACAUCGAACCAACUACACUCUGAGUGUGAUGGAGCUGAGACUCACGGGGCCCAGGAAGAUCGGCUACUGGAACGAGAAGAGAGGCUACGUGAACACAGCCGUCUAUAAGCCGGUGCUGGAGGAGUUCUACGGUCUGCUGAACAGAACCUACAUCGUCACCACCAUACUGGAAGCUCCCUACAUGAUGCUGAAGAAGAACCACGAGCAGUUCGAAGGAAAUGAAAGGUACGAAGGUUACUGUGCAGAACUGGCCGCGGAAAUCGCCAAACACGUGGGCUUCGUCUAUCGGCUCGAGCUGGUGGGCGACGGAAAGUACGGAGCCAGAGACAGCGAAACGAAGAUGUGGAACGGCAUGGUGGGAGAACUGGUGUACGGGAAGGCGGACGUGGCGGUCGCUCCGCUCACCAUCACUCUGGUCAGAGAGCAGGUGAUCGACUUCACCAAACCCUUCAUGUCUCUGGGAAUCUCCAUCAUGAUCAAGAAACCCACCAAAUCCAAACCGGGAGUCUUUUCCUUCCUCGACCCGCUCGCCUAUGAGAUCUGGAUGUGCAUCGUCUUCGCCUACAUCGGAGUCAGCGUCGUCCUCUUCCUGGUGAGUCGUUUCAGUCCGUACGAAUGGCACGGUGAAGACUCUGAUGAUGAAGAUGAAACUCUGCCUUCUUCUGGUUCUCGACGAGCUCUGCCGACCUCUUCCUCUGAGCUCACUCACUCUCCAGGGUUUUCUCAGAACCAGAACCAGCAGAAAGAAAAGGAGACUCCAGAACACACCAACGACUUUGGGAUCUUUAACUCGCUCUGGUUCUCACUGGGAGCCUUCAUGCAGCAGGGCUGUGACAUCUCCCCCAGGUCACUCUCAGGUCGAAUCGUGGGAGGAGUUUGGUGGUUUUUCACCCUCAUCAUCAUCUCCUCCUAUACAGCCAACCUGGCAGCCUUCCUCACUGUGGAGAGGAUGGUGUCCCCCAUAGAGAGCGCCGAGGACCUGGCCAAGCAGACCGAGAUCGCCUAUGGUACCCUGGACGGAGGAUCCACUAAAGAGUUCUUCAGGCGGUCAAAGAUUGCAGUUUUUGAGAAGAUGUGGUCGUACAUGCGAAGCGCAGACCCUUCAGUGUUCGUCAAGAACACUAACGAGGGCGUGAUCAGAGUCAGGAAGUCGAAGGGGAAGUAUGCCUACCUCCUGGAGUCGUCCAUGAACGAGUACAUCGAGCAGAGGAAGCCCUGUGACACCAUGAAAGUGGGGGGAAACCUGGACUCUAAAGGUUAUGGAGUGGCCACACCCAAAGGAUCGCCCCUCAGGACAAGACGAGCGCGCUCAGUCUGAGUAAUGUGGCUGGAGUGUUUUACAUCCUGAUCGGAGGGCUGGGGCUCGCCAUGCUGGUCGCUCUGGUCGAGUUCUGCUACAAGUCCCGCAUCGAGUCGAGAAGAA